GUUUGGAGCCUCUCUGAGCUGUGCAGGACGCUGACCUGAAAUCAGUACAGACUGAGGACAUCUCCAUGCCUAAACCCUCACAGCUCUACCUUCCCAGGAUGAGGACUUCUGACUACUUGUUGAUUUUGGCAUUCCUGCCUUUACUGUCCACUGCUCAGAACCUGGACAUCUGUAACUCCCGACCCAAAGACCUCCUCUUGGAGCCACGCUGCGUCUACCGCAGUCCUGACCCAGAAGAGUCCGACGAACCAACCCCAGAACCACGGCCAGUCAACCCCAGAGUAUGGGAGCUGUCUAAGGCCAACAGCCGCUUUGCGCUGUCCCUCUACAAACAAAUGGCGCUCAGCAGGACCCCUGAAAACAACAUCUUCAUGUCUCCCCUCAGCAUCUCCACUGCAUUCGCCAUGACCAAACUGGGUGCCUGCAACCGGACACUGGAGCAGAUAAUGAAGGUAUUUGAGUUUCAUACCAUCAAGGAGAAGACGUCAGAUAUGAUCCAUUUCUUCUUUGCCAAACUAAACUGCCGUUUGUACAGAAAGAAAGACAAGACCACGCUGCUGGUCUCUGCAAACCGCCUGUUUGGCGACAAAUCCCUCUAUUUUAACGAGACAUACCAGAACAUUAGCGAGACUGUGUAUGGGGCCAAACUGAUGCCUCUCAACUUCAAGUCAAACCCAGAGGCUGCUCGGAUCACCAUCAACGAUUGGAUCUCCAACAAGACAGAGAACAGGAUAAGGGACACAUUGCCAUCAGGGGCUUUAGACUCCAACACAGCUUUGGUCCUUGUCAACACCAUCUACUUCAAGGGUCAGUGGAAAAACAAGUUUCCCAAAGAAAACUUGGUUGCCUCAAAUUUCUACAUAGACGAGAGUCGCACCUGCCAGGCCAACAUGAUGUACCAGGAGAUCAAGUUCAACUACAAGAAUCUGCCCGAUGAGAAGGUGCAGCUGCUGGAGAUGCCAUACAGAGGGGAAGACAUCACCAUGGUGCUCAUCUUGCCGAGCAGAGGCCAUCCACUCAGUCAGGUUGAGGCACAGCUGGACCAGAACAAGCUCAACAGCUGGUUGGACCAGAUGAGAGAAACCAGCGUCUCCGUCUCCAUGCCUCGCUUCAGGGUGGAGGACAGCUUCAGUCUUAAGGAGAAGCUGCAGCAGAUGGGCCUGACUGACCUGUUCAACGCAGACAAGGCCAGCCUGCCAGGAAUCCUGGAGGACGGCAGCGAAUCCCUCUUUAUCUCUGACGCCUACCACAAAGCCUUCCUGGAGGUAAACGAGGAGGGAAGUGAAGCUGCUGCCUCCACAGCUGUCGUCGCCGUCGGACGCUCCUUGAACCUAAACCGCGAGUUUUUUGAAGCGGACCAUCCAUUCCUGGUGAUCAUCAGAGAGUCAACUCUCAACACGCUGCUGUUCAUUGGCCGUGUGUCCAACCCCUGUGAACAAUAA